AUGAUGUCGAAGAAGAACCUGAUCUACGUGGAGGCGAGAGAGCUCAUCGCUCCGCUUCCGAUUCAAAAUCAGUACGACGUUUUGGCUGACAUCGCCGAAUUCCCUGCACUACCGAAUACGUUUGCAAGAAUGACGGCUGGUCGAUUCACAACGCGAAGCAAUCAACCACAGCAGCAACGGAACGUCACUAUCAACAAACCAGAAGAACGACAGCUGGGCGCUAUCAAGAAACCAGCGAAUGACUUGUCAGGCGGAGCAAAGAAGAUGAAAAUUGAUGAGGAACGUCAGCAUCUGAUCAAGGAUCGGAAUGCGGAAAGAACAUCCAGAGGAAGCGGACUGGAAAACCGACAUGCUGUUAGCGAGCGAGAAAGAUGGGACAACAUCAUCAAGAAAGCAAACGCUGAUGCACUGGAAACGGCGAACCGCAACGUUCGGGGGGAACUCGCGAACUUCUACGCAGCUCUGAUCCAAUGCUCUGGGGUCACAAAAGAACUACAGGAAAAGAUAAAUGAAUGCUCCAAAAAAUAUCUAAAUCUUGAAAGUAUAAUACAGUAG